AUGGAGAUGUAUUUAUGGUUAAUAUGGUACAUUUGGAAAGUUAAGAACGAGAAAGUGUUCCCAAAUGAAGAUAGUGACCCUCAAGAUCUUAUCAGAUCACCGGAAUCCAGGGCUAUUGCGUGGAGAUUAGCUCAAGAAAAUGACGAUAACAGUAGAAUGGGGAUGAGGGAACCACAAAUACAAGCUAGCAUAUGUGAGGUUGAUGGAUUGUGGAAAGCAACUUCACGACGGGCUGGUUUGGGCUGGUACAGUGUUGUCUUUGAGACUGACUGUACGGAUGUGGCGAAGAUGGUGUCCAAUCCCAAUGAAUGGUCAGUCUUCGCAAUUCUCCUUGAAGAAAUUGACAAAUGCAUGAAGAUCUUCACCGCAUGUUCUAUACACUACAUCCCAAGAACAGACAACAAGAAGGCGGACAGACUAGCACAAAGUGCACGAAAUCGCCCCACUAAAUUGUACUACAUUAACUCCAGUCCAUCAACGUGGAUCACCGGAGCGACAUAA